AUGAUCGGAGUACCUGUAAAUUCUAAUUCAGUUUAUGUUCCAAUGGUUCAAACUGGUUGUUUGAAAGCAGAAUUUGAUUCAACAUAUCCCAUACAUUUAAAUGGUAUUAUUAGUCAACAUGAAUUUCAAGAAUCAAUUAAUAAAAUUAAUGCUGGAAUGAUAUUUUUUAUUAUCGGUGGCAUAGCAAAUGUUAAUUCUCGUGAAUAUAGGUUUCCUGUCUUGAUUGGUGUAGGAAUAGCUUUAACUACUUUUGGGUCACUGUUUUUCGCUUUUGGAUGUUGUGCAGUACAAUGGAGGCGUGUAGCACGAAUGCGACAAGCAAUUACUGAAGAAUCAAUGAAAUAUUCAUCGAGAUCACCAAUACCAUGUAGCUGGCGAUUAAAUAUUUCACGAACUUUCGUUGGUGGCUAUGGAUAUUAUAAUAAUAACCAUAUUAUUUAUCAUGCAAUUAUUGAUAUUGGUCGUGCUGCAUUUGAACGAAGUGGAAUAUAUCAAUCUAAUCAAGUUGUUCCUUUGCCAACAUCGUCUAUUGGAGGAUAUUAUAACUAUGCUGCGCCUCCAUCUUAUUCUGCUCAAUUGACUGGAUAUUGUUCUCAUUGCAGUCAACCAAGACCAGACUUAUCAGCGAAAUUUUGUUCAUCAUGUGGAAAUUCGUUCAAUAUAUAUUAA